AUGUCUCAAUCAGUAGGGGAUGACAGCGCUCUUGAGGUUGCAAUUGUAGGAUGCGGCAUCAUAGGUCUCAUCACCGCUGCAGGUCUUGCGAGGCGCCGGAUCAAGGUCAAGGUUUUCGAGCAGGGACAAGGGCUGCGAGGGCUGGGAACCGGGAUCGCAUUCAAUCCCUCUGCCCAGACAUGUUUGGAGAUGAUCGACCCGGAAGUGACCAUGGCCUUCAGGAUGGGCGGCGCCGUAGGCCUUUCCGCUGCCAACGAGGAUGAUCCUCACGACUAUCUCCGAUGGAUCGAUGGUUGCAACCAACGAGACGAAAACGAUCCCUUUUAUCAGAAGAUGUACCUGAAAAUAAAUGCAGGAUAUCGAGGGAUCCAAGGCAUCCGCAGAGACCACCUUAUCGAACAUCUGAUCCGAGUCUUGCCACCCGGCACCGUGGUCUUCAAGAAGCGCCUGGAGGAUGUCCUCGAGCGCGGCGACGACGAAAAGAUUGCCCUCAAGUUCGCAGACGGCACCGUAGCCGAAGCCGACGCGGUAAUUGGCUGCGAUGGCAUCAAAUCCAGGACGAGAGACAUGGUCAUGGGCCACGAAAGCACCGCCGGCAAGCCGACGUAUACCCACGUCAACUCGCACCCUACGGUUAUCCCCAUGGAGAAGGCCGUCUCAGUGCUGGGAGAGCAGAAGGCGAGGGCGUUCCACAAUCACUUGGGCCCCCGUGCCAAUAUCCUUCAUUACCCCGUGGCGCAUGGUACCAUGUGUAAUGUGACUGUCUUUGUUCGCAAUGACGAGGAAUGGCCGCAAGACAAGCCAACGGCCUUCAUCGGACAACGUGCUGAUAUUGAGCAUCGGUUCAGCGGCUGGAACCCAGCCAUUCGAGCUCUCAUAAGCCUCCUGCCAGAGUCGUUCCCUUCAUGGGCAGUCUUCGACUUGUGGGAGUACCCCCUCCCGUUCUACAACAAGGGCAGAAUAUGUGUUGCCGGAGACGCAGCACAUGCUAGCAGUCCGCAUCAUGGUGCUGGCGCUGGCAUGGGCGUGGAAGAUGCACUUUGCCUUUCAGUCCUCCUGGCUGACGCCUCCAUGAAGCUCCGAACCGGAAAGUUGUCAAAGCACCAGCUCCUGUCGUCGGCAUUUGCCGUGUAUAGUGACGCCAGGAGAGCCCGCAGCCAGUGGCUUGUCAACAGCAGUCGUCGGGUCUGUGACUUGAACCAACAAACAGGCUGGGCAGACCCGGCAAAGUGGCUCAAGGCGGAAUCGACAUUGGAGGAAGUCAAAGACCAGGUACAUAAGAUCUGGAGUUUCGACCCUCGCCGGAUGGUCACGGACGCCAUUGAGAGCUACGGCAUGGCCAUCAGUCGCCUCGAGAGAAAAUCAUGUACCGCCAGAGGCGAUGUCCAGCCAGAAAAUCUCCCCAACGCAGGCGCUGUCGAGCAAAUCCUGACGGCAAAGGUAUUUGGGAAUGGGCUCGGCGACUACUCGAAAGCCGUCUCGAUCGAGCGGCUCACCGAAGUACUUUCCGAGCCCGAAUAA